AUGGCAUUGAAACAGAUUUCCAGCAACAAAUGCUUUGGGGGAUUGCAGAAAGUUUUUGAACAUGACAGUGUUGAACUGAACUGCAAAAUGAAAUUUGCUAUCUACUUGCCACCAAAGGCAGAAACUGGAAAAUGCCCUGCUCUGUAUUGGCUGUCUGGUUUAACUUGCACAGAACAGAAUUUUAUAUCAAAAUCUGGUUAUCAUCAGGCUGCCUCAGAACAUGGCCUUGUUGUCAUUGCUCCAGAUACCAGCCCUCGUGGCUGCAAUAUUAAAGGAGAAGAUGAGAGCUGGGACUUUGGCACUGGUGCUGGGUUUUACGUGGAUGCCACUGAACAUCCUUGGAAAACUAACUACAGAAUGUAUUCUUAUGUAACGGAGGAGCUUCCUCAACUCAUAAAUGCCAAUUUUCCAGUGGACCCCCAAAGGAUGUCUAUUUUUGGCCACUCCAUGGGAGGCCAUGGAGCUUUGAUUUGUGCUUUAAAGAAUCCUGGAAAAUACAAAUCUGUGUCAGCAUUUGCUCCAAUUUGCAAUCCAGUGCUUUGUCCUUGGGGCAAAAAAGCCUUCAGUGGAUAUUUGGGAACAGAUCAAAGUAAAUGGAAGGAUUAUGAUGCUACUCAUCUUGUGAAGUCCUAUCCAGGUUCUCAGCUUGACAUACUAAUUGAUCAAGGAAAAGACGACCAGUUCCUUUCAGAUGGACAGUUGCUUCCUGAUAACUUCCUCGCUGCCUGUGCAGAAAAGAAAACCCCUGUUGUUUUUAGAUUACAGGAGGGUUAUGACCAUAGCUACUACUUCAUUGCUACCUUUAUUACUGAUCACAUCAGACAUCAUGCAAAAUACCUGAAUGCUUAA